UAUCAACUCUCAGCUCAACCCGUAGUUUAUGCUUCUUAUUGAACUAAACGUUAACCCAAACAUGGCAACAUCAGAAAAGGGCCUUUCAGCUGCUUUGAAUGCCAAAACUGAAGGGUGUGGCAGUGAAACUAUAGUUUUGGCUCAUGGCUAUGGAACGGACCAGUCCAUAUGGGACAAAAUCCUUCCAUUACUUGCUCAAAAUUACCGUCUCGUAGUGUUUGAUUGGCCUUUUUCUGGAACCAUAAACAAUAAGAACCUUUAUGACCCAGUUAAGUAUUCUUCUUUGGAAGAUUUUGCUGAUGACUUGAUCACUCUGGUGAAUGAGAUGAACCUCAAAACUGUCACUUUUGUUGGCCAUUCCAUGUCUGGCAUGAUUGGUUGUAUUGCUUCUAUCAAAAGGCCUCAACUCUUUAAGAGGCUUGUUCUAGUUGCUGCUUCACCGAGGUUUCAAAAUUCAGAUGAUUAUGAAGGAGGAUUUAGCAGCUCAGAUAUCGAACAGUUACUCUCGAACAUAGAAACCAACUAUGAAAAUUUUGCUUCUGAUUUCGCCUCAUCAGUAGGAGAUUCAGUUAAUGAUCUCUCUGUUGACAAAUUUGAGAAGUCCUUGAUAAAAAUGGGACCUAGAGUUGCACUCUCGUUGGCGAAGACUAUUUUUCAUUGUGAUUGUAGAGAGAUACUUGGCAAGGUUGAGACUCCAUGCACUAUCAUACAAACCACUAUUGACAAGGCUGUUCCACGCAGCGUAGCACUUUACAUGGAGAAGAAAAUUAAAGGGGAAGUUACUUUGGAGAUCAUAGACACUAUUGGACAUUUCCCUCAAUUAACUGCACCCGUCAAGUUUGUGGAGGUGCUCAAGGGUGCUCUCACCUCAUAA